GCGCACUGAGCGACGCGCGCUCCCGCGAGUGAUGGAUCCAUGAAGUUGUUAGUACAAAAAUGGCUGAUUUCCUGCCCUCCCGGACGGCUUUAGUCUGUAUCCCCGCUUGUUUUCUCUCCAACAACGAAGUGGAGCAGCAGAGGAAGUCCAAGGAGAUCGACAGAUGUAUUUCUCGGGAGAAGACCUACGUGAAGCGCCUGGUGAAGAUCUUGUUACUCGGAGCUGGAGAAAGUGGCAAGUCAACUUUCCUCAAACAAAUGCGCAUAAUUCAUGGGCAGGACUUCGAUCAGCGGGCCAAAGAAGAGUUCCGGGCUACGAUCUACAGCAAUGUUAUCAAAGGAGUACGGGUGCUGGUGGAUGCCAGAGAAAAGCUGCACAUCCCUUGGGGAGACCCUUCGAACCAGGCCCAUGGAGAGGUCAUGAUGGGCUUUGACACACGCUCGUCCAUGAUGGUCCAGGGAAUAGUUGAGACCAAAGUUUUCCUGCAUUAUCUGCCAUCGAUCCGCUCACUGUGGGCUGACAGCGGCAUUCAGACUGCCUAUGACAGAAGGAGAGAGUUUCAGCUGGGAGAAUCUGUGAAAUAUUUUCUCGAUGGUUUGGACAGAAUUGGGCAGCUGGACUAUUUACCAACCCAGCAGGACAUACUCCUGGCAAGGAAGCCAACCAAGGGCAUCCACGAGUAUGACUUUGAGAUCAAGAAUGUUCCGUUCAAGAUGGUGGAUGUGGGAGGACAGCGGUCAGAGCGCCGUCGCUGGUUUGAGUGCUUUGACUGUGUCACUUCUGUCCUCUUCCUUGUCUCUUCUAGUGAGUUCGAUCAGGUUCUCAUGGAGGACCGUCAAACCAACAGGCUCACAGAGUCCCUCAGCAUAUUCGAGACCAUCGUCAACAACCGCGUCUUUUCGAAUGCGUCGAUCAUUCUUUUUCUGAAUAAGAUGGACCUGCUGGAGGAGAAAGUUAAGCUUGUGUCUAUUAAAGACUAUUUCCCGGAGUACACAGAGGAGCCCCACGACCUCUCUGAAGUGAAAAAGUUCCUAGUAGAGUGCUUCCGCAGCAAACGCAGAGAGCAGCAGAAACCGCUGUAUUACCACUUCACCACUGCCAUUAACACGGAGAACAUCCGACUCGUCUUCCGGGACGUCAAGGACACUAUCUUGCAUGAAAAUUUGAAGCAGCUUAUGUUGCAAUGAGAGAGAUGUCCUAAACAAUCAUUCCAUUUAAUUUCUGUUUGUUUGUUUUUUGUUUUGUUUUUUUUUGGCUUCAGUAACAGCCCUGAAAGGCCACCUGCCCAAAGCAGGUGAAUUCUUCUACUGACUGAUGACCACCUUACUGAGGUCCACCAUAGUGUCCCUUUUAGCUUUCUUGCAGGACUCACUUGAAUGGUUAUCCAGAUAUUUUUUUAUUUUAUUUCUGUUGCCUACAUUUCUUUUAGCGCCUUUGUUUUAGUGUGAUCAAUUUUUUUUUCUUUAAUUGUUUUAGAAACUUUGUUUUGGUGCUUUAAGCUAUCCACUUGAUUCACUGGGCCACCUACAACAUGCACAACAUUUUGUUUUGAAGCUGCUAUUACAAAGAAAAAAUAUUUCUGGUAAUGGUAUCAAAAAGCCUUAAACAAUGUAUGUCGAAAAUGUGUUUGGUAGAUGUUAUAUUUAUUUAAUUUUUUUUAUUUUUUUUUAAGUUUUAUUUUAGUAACCCUGGGGACAGGUGGACUGGACAGAGUUGGGUUUACCAAAAGCAUCUCAGAACAAAGAUGAAUCUAUGCAUAUAUCUAAUCUAAUAUUUUAGUUAAAGUGAACAUCACACUGAAUAUUCUCUCCACCAGUGCAGAUGGGCUUAACAAAAUGAUGCUUUUGGGAAACUGGCCAUAGUUUCAGUUUUUGUUUAGCUUCUGGCUUUCAUAUUUGUGGGACAGGUAUGGACACGCCACAGGACUAAGCAGUUUGUAAGUGUCGCUGAACUGUACAUCCAUAGUCACACUCCAGUUGCUAACUGACUAGUUGUAAGCUUGGUGUAAUCUUAGUUAAUUAAGACUCAGGGCUGUAAAUAGGCAUUGUAGACUCAUAAUCAAGAAGCGGCCAUUCAUGAUUGGAUUUAUUUCUUGCAAAUUUCUGGUUUUAUUGAUCAAAUCCGGGUGUUUGGUUCCUCCCCCCCCCCCCCCCCCGUCCUCUUCUCUAGCCCAAGCUCUGAACGGCACCACAUCAGUGCGCUUGUAUCACACUGAAAGUGCAGAAUCCCAGUUAAGGUACCUGUGUAUGUAGUGCUGUUGUCUUUGUUGUUUUAAAAAGGGAAUGAAUCUUAAAUGAUGUCAUUUUGUUAUAUAGAGUUUAUGUUGUACAGAUCCCUUGUCUAUAAUUUUAAAUCACAGCCUGGUAUUUUUUCAAUUUAAUAUUUCCUUUAAAGUAAAGGGUGGCCAGCGUUAUCUAUGAAUGCCUUCCUAUGGUGGUUUAUAUAUAAAUCUUCCAGAAAUAGAAGUGUAUAUACGCAUUUAUCUUGUCAGAUUCAUGUCGGAUGCCAAAAUUACCUUAUGUCUUAGUUUAUGUUGUGUACAGUUUAGCCUCAGGGUAUGUGGUGUGGUUUAUUUUUGGGCAGGAAGCAGAUUUUCUUUUAAAUCUAGAACAAGACUUUCUGAUAUUCAGCUUUAUUUUCUUCAAUCACUCUUCACAGCGCAGUGUUGUAUAAUUUGCCAUCUCAGAGGAAGCAGCUUCCUCCCUCCAUUUUUUUUCCUCUCAGCUCUGUAUGAUUGAUUAAACCUCUCACAGGACGUUGUGUCCUCCACAUCUCGCUUCUUGAAGUACCUUCCUGGUUGUAUAUGUAUCAAAUGAUCUUUACAAUGAUUUGAGCUUACUGUAACUUUGAAUAAGAAGUUAUCACUUGACUUUAAUCUGACUUAUGGUGGUAAAUUGAUAUUUUCUGAUGACUGGCACUGUUUUUUUUAUGGUUUGUAAAACAGUUUGCUCAGUUUAGUCAUCACCCACAACAGAUGUUUUCUUUGUGUACAGUAUCGAUAACAUUGUUUUCAAUCACUUUUGUAUAACUCAUUUUGGUCCAUUAAAUCUGACUAUUUUACAGAGAUACAAGACUUGAGCAGUUUGGUUUGUGACCUAUGGAUUUUUAAAAAGUGAUAAAGCUGCAUGUCUUAAUGUAAAUCAUUUUGAUUUAUCUAAAGAUAAAGUGGAUUGUGU